AUGCCAGCUAUGCCAGACCUUUCGGAUUUGACCCUCUUUGAUGAGAAACCAUCUCUCGGGUUGGAAGCUUCAGGGCCAAGGAGUCCUCUAGCUGCCGAAGCUGAAGGGCCAAUUUCAUCUGAAAGUUCACCUGAGGACAGUGAUGGGGAUGAUGGUCUUGUCGAGUUCUUCCCCGAUUCUGCACCCUCACAAGCUAGGAGGCGAAGCUCGGGGCACCUAAAUUUUGUUGAUCAGGUUUCUGAUGGCAUCGGGUCUUACCUUGCUCUUUUCGGCAAGCAGAAGGUGAACAACACAGUCUACAAUCGGUCUGCAGGUUCUGAAUCUGCAAGGUGGAGCAAGUGUCUUGAGAAGUUCUCCAACUGGUUUGGCAAGAGCUUGGCUUUUGUGCCAAGAGCCACGGAGGAUAGUUGUCAGAUCGGUCUGAAGCGGCCAUGUCAGGGACGGUCAUCAGAGAAGCUAGGACCAUGUGUGCCGCCUGCAGACCUGGAGUUUGAACACUUCCCAGGACCAGAUGGUCAGCCCAGGCUGUCUUUCUCUGCAUCGUUUGAGUCCGGCAACCUGACUUUAGCCCAGUGUGAUGGCCCCAACCUUUAUAUCCUGGCAGUGGAUGUUGAUGUCCAUACCGACGGCUAUACGCAGUGGUUCUACUUUGCCGUGCGAGGGGGUAAGGUGGGUAUGGAGGUGACAUUUCGCUUGGUGAACAUGGCCAAGUCCAGCUCUCUUUUUGGUGACAAAGGCAUGCGGCCCGUAGUUUGGAGCGAGAAAUCUGGCAGAGGGUGGGAGCGUGGAGGUAGCCAAGUUAGCUACUCAAAGUCCACUGAUGAGGAUGUCAAGGGAGCAGGUCUAUUGAGCGGGCGGAAAGUGUGGUUCACAUUGUCAUUCAACUACACCUUCGAACACGAUGAGGACACCGUAUUCUUUGCGUACCACUAUCCGUACACGUACAGUCAUCUUCGUGGCUUCCUUGAUUGCUUGGCUGAUCAUCCAUACUCUGGGACACUAUUCAGCAGGAGGGUGCUUUGCUACACCAUAGGAGGUUUGCCUUGCGAAGUGCUUGAUGUGGACGAAGGUUCUUCCAGUUCUCGGCAAGGUGUCGCUGUCAUGACGGCAAGAGUUCAUCCAGGAGAGUCUAAUGCUUCCUGGAUGAUGCACGGCUUCAUUUCUUUUUUGCUCUCCCCAGCGCCUGAAGCGAAAGCACUGCGGCAGGCAUUCAAGUGGCUGAUCGUGCCAAUGUUGAAUCCUGACGGAGUGGUGCGUGGAUGCUAUCGAUGCGGGCUUGCCGGCACAGACUUGAACCGAGUGUACACCAGCCCAAACAAGAUCUUACACCCUGAGAUAUACCACUUGAAGGAAGCCAUGAAGAGUGCUGGCAGCAACGUAGAGCUUUUCAUUGAUCUUCAUGGACACUCAAAGAAGGAAGGCAUUUUCUUUUACGGAGGAAAAACUGAAGACUGGAACCGACAGUGUGACAUCCAGUUGCUGCCGAGGCUUUGCUGCUUGGGCUCUUCCGACUUUAAGUGGAACCAGUGCUCCUUCAAUUUGAACGAAUCCAAGAUGUCCACCGCACGAUUGGUGAGUUUUCUGCAACUCCGAGUUCAGAGAGCAUAUGUAGUGGAGGCCUCUUUUGCAGGGAGUGGAGAAAGCGUGAGGAGAGAUGUUGAGGCCGAGGCCUCAGACACUGAUCCCGGAGAAGAGGGGGAAGCUGUGGAAGGUGCUGCAAUGUUUGAGGGGUCCCAGGGUGUCGUGCAGGAAGCAGCGACCUUGCUCUUGCAACAACUUGGUGCGCUUGACGGCAGAGAAGCCGCUGCGUCCUCUGGCAUUCGAAAGGGCACAAAAGAGGUCCCGCUAUCUGUGCCGAGGAAAUCGCCAGCGAAUUCCAGAAGUCAAAGUGCAGUUGGCAGCCCUAGAGGAUCACCUGUCAACUCCAGCCCACCUGGCAGCUCCAUGGGAAGCCCACCACCAAGCAAGAGCCCAGUGCCAAGCAGAAGGAUAUCCGGAAUUUCUUUGCCAAGACCUUUAAGCCCCUCCAGUGGUCAGAAAGAGGGGCCACACGAGGAGUCCGACGAUGCAUCACAGCCGAGCAAAGCAACGGUGGGAUUGAAGAAGGAGAAGGACAGGCACAGCGUUGAGACAGCUGAAUUUGAUGCGAUGCGGCUGGAACUGGUGGGGCCCAUUGUUGGGAGAGCUAUUUGUGCAGUUUGGCAACUGGAUUUGCUCCCUUCAGAUGAUGCAAAGGAUGACAGUGCUGACGGCCUUUUGGAUGGUACAGAACAGAGGCAAUGGUCGCACCUGCAAUACAGCAAGCUGACAUCUGAAAUGGCACAGAGGGAAUUGGGAAGACUGAAGAGCGGCAAAGUUCGUCGUGAGAAGAAUGACAAUGAUGAUGAUGGGUCGGAUUCCCACCCAAGUGCAGAUGAGAAGCCCGCAACAGAGCUACGCCAGCUCCAAAAGCGCCUGACAAAAAAGUCAAAGAGGCAGAAAACUUUCAAGUUUGCGCCUCCAGAAGAACCUGAAGCGGAAGUGAAGUACAAAAUAGUGGUCGCGUUUGGAAAGGCAAUAAAAGUUCCAAUCAAAGCAGGAGAACAUGGAGCUUCCAGAAAGCACAGUAAGGUGGGGGAAGCAGUGGAGAAGUUUCUCAAGCAUUCAAGUAAUCGAGAGAGGCCAAUGUCAGCAACCCCGAGUGAUGUUUCCAGGCGUGGGCUGAAAGCUCCUGCAGGUAUGCGUGCUGAAGGCUCAAGGAAUGGUAGCCCGCGCAAUUUGGAGAAAGAUGAGAAGGAUGAGAAGAAUGAAACUUUGAGCUUUCAAUUGCAGAAGGCAGAGCAGAAGGCCGACAAAUCAUCAAAGGAUUCGAACAAAUCCAGCUCCAAAAGCUCCAAGCCAAGUUCAAAGGAAAGCGUGCAGCAGAGUGCCAGCCUCUCACGAGAAGAAGCAGAUGGGUACAAAGAUUUGAAGGAAUUUGCAACAUCGCCAAGUUCCCGGCAAAGUUCACACCCAAGCCCUGCAGUAUUCCAGGUUUGGGAUCAACAAGCCGCCAAUAUCGUAGAUUUUGACAGCUGCGUGAGUGCGGUCCAACUCGAUGUGGUUCAUCAAGCUGUUGAUGGCUCUCGAUUGGACGACACUGCUCCCUCAGUUGAUGAAGCUGAUGAAGGUGCAAGAGUUUUGAUCAGCCCUUCGAGAAGGUCAAGCAUGCGAACGAGACGGGAGGAGGCGACGUACAUUGCACAAAAUAUUGUGUAUGGCCCAGGGGUUCCUCCCGCAGCAGGCUCAAGUGCAGGUGGUUCAACCAUCCAGAUCACGCUGCCUCCGUCUGUUGUGGACGAGGAGGCAGAAAGACGGCGCAGCAUACACCAGGUGCGGCCACUUGCCAAAGCUCCUUCAAGCCGCCCGCUUUCGCCGAAGGCUUGUUCGACCACUAGCGAUGUAGUGGAAGCCAAGCUUGCCCAUGUCACGCUGCCAGAAAUCUCCUCAGCACAUCUGGAUUCCAACGUGGCGUUCAGCACAACUUCAGAUGAGACAACUUUUCUAUCCGGAAAAGACAGGCUAGGAUCAGUGCAUCACUGUAGCUUCAAGGAGUGGAUGGAGAGGCAAGAGAACUCAGAGCAGGAUGUACCAGGGCAAAGCUCAAGCCCACCAAAAAUCGCUCCAUUGCGUUCGGCAAGGGUGGUGAGAUUAAAAUCUGGGCCAGUCAGUGUUGGUACCCUUCCUGACGAGCCCUCCUUCGAUGCUCCAAAAGGCAUGGUUGAACACACGGUUGAACACCAGCCGCGGCCUGAGCCAGUGGCCGAGGAAGAGACGAAGUUGGCGCUGAAGAAAGUCUCUGUUAACUUCAAGACUCCACAGUCAGCACCUCCCAGCAGAGUCCCACCACACAAUCGGCAACGCAGAAGCACACCUCAGCCCAAAAUGGGCUCAGCACGCGGCACGCUGCAUUUGAAAUCAGCACCGGGUGAUGGUGGUUCUCCUGCGCCUCUUUCACAUAGGCGCGAUGUGCGGGCCACUUUAGCACCAACAACUCCCUUUUUGCCGUCUUGGUCUUAUCGACUCACAACUGCUUAUCAAUGGUGGUCACUCGCACAGAUGGAGACUAGUGGAAACACAUCUCCACCUUCUGUUGGAAGAUUAAGCUUUCGCCGAUGGCGCAGCUGCUGCUGUCACCUCUGCACCUCUCUUGCUAUUUCGCUGGCAAUUGACAACAGGUGUAGUUCUGGUGACCGCUCAAGUUAG